GGUUGCAAAAGAGUAAGAAACAAUUUCAUGAAGAGUAUUAUACACAGAAAAGAAAAGCUGGUUUUCAUAUUUUCAAAUUUUCAAUAGGUUAUUUUUUGGCGAUUUAAAAAAUAUAGUGGAUUCCUGUAGGAAAUCACCCAACAAUAAAAACUAAUUUGUACAUAUAGAUCUAUAGUUCAAUAACACUAGAUUUUAUAAAAAUCAUGAAUCAACAACACAAGAUUUGUUAUCUUAACAAAAAUCAUUCCAGAUAUUUGAUUGAAACAGUAAAUUCACCUCAUAUUGAUUAACAAAAAAAUCACAUUUACUUAAACAGUAAUAUGUAUAGACAAUUCUUCGUAAAAUAGUUUUAACACUAUAUAUUUCACUUUUGUUUUCUAUAUGCAAAUACAUAUAUAUUUUAGUAAAAUCAAAAACAAAAUUCGAGGAUGGAAGCAAUAAGACCUAUGCUCGUGGCAAUACUCGUGUUAUCAUGUGUGUUUAUGAAUAUCAUGAAGGUGGAAGCUCAAAAAGAAAUUGGAUAUCCAGCAAUAGGACGUGAUGGUGCACAUGGAUGUAGUCCUAAAUAUCCUUCAGUACCAUGUCGACCAAAACAACCAGAGAAUCCGUACAAGCGAGGAUGUGAGAAAAUUACAAGAUGUAAACGCGAUGGCGAUGGCGAUAAGCAAGCAGCUCUUCUGAAUCCUCAAAAAGUACUAGAUGUAGUCGCGGUGAUGACAAAGGCCAAGCAGCUCUUCUGAACAAUAUAUGAUUAAAGAUUAUAGAUAUGCUAUAAUCAUAUGAAACUAAUGCAAUUCUACGAUCAUUAAUGAAUAAAUCUAUGAUUUUGUAUUUCUUUAAUUCACUUUGGUCUCCUAUAUAUCUACUGUUAUGAUCAAGAAAUGCAUAACCGAGAAAAAUGGCUUUCUUCGCCAUAUAAAUUGAUGUUGUUUUACUUCCAUUUGGUAUCUGACUAUCUGAGUCAACAUCUAUUAACGAAUGGACUCGCAACAUUUAGAUCAAUGUGAAUUUUGUCUAAUUGUU